AUGUCCACCUCUGUCCUCAUUGCUGGUGCCACCGGUCUCAUCGGUGCCUCGGUCCUCCAGACCAUCUCCAAGGACUCGAAGUACGCCAUCACCGCCCUCGUCCGCUCUGAGGACAAGGCCAAGAAGGUCGCCGAGAUCACUGGCGUCAAGACCAUCGUCGGCUCGCUCGAGGACACCGAGCUCCUGACCAACAAGGCCGCUGAGUUCGACGUCGUCCUCCAGAUCGCCGACAUCUUCAACCUGCCCGCCACCACCGCCCUCCUCGCCGGCGCGAAGAAGCGGUUCGAGGCCACCGGCAAGGCGCCCAUCCACAUCCACACCUCCGGCACCGGUAUCUGGGCCGACCUCGGCUCGAACGGCGCUGCCCCCUCUGGCAAGAUCACCAAGGACACCGACGCUGACCUCGUCGAGACGUACAACGGCCUUCCCCACAACCCGCCCGCCAAGGCUGUUGUCGACGCCGGCGCCGCUGGCUACGUCAAGACGUUCACGGUCUACCCGCCCACCGUCUGGGGUGCUCCCUCUGGUCCUCUGUUCGAGGCCGGCAUUGCGCACGUCGGCUCGAUCCAGCUUCCUCUCUCGAUCAAGACUUCGAUCGGCCGUGGCCAGGGUGGUGUUGUCGGCGAGGGUCUCAACGUCUGGAACCACGCACACGUUGACGACACUGCCUCUUUCUACGUGACGCUCCUCGGCAAGGCCGUCGACGGCUCUGCCCCCUCUGGCGCCAAGGACGGCCACUACAUCAUCGAGAACGGCGAGUACCAGUACAAGAAGCUCGCGGAGACCUACACCAAGGCUCUCCACGCCGCCGGCAAGUCCGCCUCGCCCGAGCCUACCAAGUUCGAGCAGAAGGAGUUCGAGGCCAUCGGCUUCCUCUUCAUUCUCGGCACCAACUCGACGACCGCCGGCCCCCGCGCACGCUCGCUCGGCUGGACGCCGAAGUACUCCACCGACGACUUCUACGCAUGGGUGCCCAAGGAGGUCGACGCUGCCAUCGCUGGCAAGCUCGCGGGCGGUGUUUACUAA